UAUUCGCUUUUCCAUUUCAAAUUCAAAAAUGUGCCAACAAGUCAGCAGCAACGACAACAACAACAACAACAAAAUGAAGACCAGCUACAGCCUUAAGCAGGUCUUGAAGACGUUCUUCAAGAAGCAGCAGAAGCAACGACAACAACAUCAGCGCCGCCAGAACUCACUUGAAUCACUCGAAUCAGUGGACAAUCUGCGCAACGCCGAGGUCGAGGAGGUCUACUAUGCCGAAAUCGAUGAGAAUGCCGCCAACGAGAAGCUGGCCCAGCUGGUGCAGGAGCAGGAGCUCGACAGCGAGGAGGACAUCUAUGUGCCCGUACGCUUUGCUCGCACCGAGGCCGGCACCUUCUUCUGGACGACCAAUCUGCAGCCAGUUGCCAGCGUCGAUGCCGAUCUGCUGCAGCCCGCUUACUGCUACUCCAGCCAACAGCAUCCGUUCAUGCAGUACCAGGACCGUUGGGCCCAGGCUUAAGACUCGAAAGCCCACGUCCCGGCCUCAAUUAUCAACAAGCUUUAAAUGCAUGCAACAUUGUGAUAGCAGCAGCGGCAGCAUCGUACUUAAUCUUAACUCAAAUCAACUCAGCGAUCCCAGCGCUUCCAUUAGUUCUUAAGACAUUGUGAUAGAAAAUGACAGCUUUAA